CCCACAAGCAGCGGCCAUGGCGUUUCCGCCCCGUCGGUGGCGGCCGCCUCGCCGUCGGCCUCGGCCGUCCAGCUGGAGCCGCGGGUGGAGCAGCACUGCAGCGGGAGGGCGGGUACUGGGUGCUCAAGGAGAAGUACCACACCAGCCUCAGCUCACCAAGCUGCCCAUGGAGUAGAUCGACGUCGACAAGCUCACCAAGGAGGACGUCGAUAUGCGACUCAAGUGGCUCGGCCUCUUCCUCAGCCGCAAGCAGCAGUGUAUGCCCCUGCUCUGUCAAGCAGCAGCAACAACAGAGGCGGGGGCGGGGAAUACCAGCAGCAACAGAGGCGAGGGCGGGCGCGACCUUCGGAGGAGGGCCAGCACGGAGAGGAAGACCCUGGGCUUGGAGGAGAGGUUGAGCAGGGCCAACGCGGCGAUGAAGACCCUGGGCCAGAGCAGCGACGAAGACCCAGCGCCGCGACGGCGUCCAAAAUUGUCCGCGGCGACGGCGGCCAAGGCGGACCAAAUCGAGGACCUAGUCGUCGAUUUACUGCUUCUUGGCACGAUUCAGAGGGAGGUGACGAAAAGGAAGAACUUUAGGAGCAAUCCCGCUGCUCAGGUAGGCGAGGGCACACCCAUGGCGGCUACGCAGCUGGGCGGCGGCGCAAGGCGCCUCCGUGAAGGUCCUGCGCGUCUCCUCCGCGACGACGCAGGUCGUCUCCUGCACAGGCGGCUGGGUCCUGCGACGCGCGGAGACUCUCUCUGGGUGCUGAGGAGAACGGGGGAGGAAGACGGGGGAUAGUGGCCGGAGCCGGCGACGCGCGAGCGACGGUGGAGUAGUGAGGAAGGAGACGGGGGUGUUUUUUCAAAUGAUUCAAAAGUAUAAGGACAUGUUUGCAAAAUGCAUAAUGUACAGCAGUCGCGACAUCUAAUUCCGAACGGAGGGAGUAAAAGGGAAGGCACAAAACCAUCCGAUUUGCUUCGA